AUGGUUCACUUAACAUCUUGUAUCAUCGCUUUCGGCAAAAUAUCAAAUUAUCAAGGUGCUAAUCAAAUUACCAAGGAGUUUUUGGGUGUUUAUUUUUGUCAAUAAAAUGCACGCAAGGUGAAAUAUAGAAGCCACGAUGUUAUCAAGACCUACAUUGUUUACUCUUUUACUAGCGACUUUGGUACUAGUAACAUCCAAACACAAAGGUCUAAGACGUAAUUGGACUAGCAAGUCUAAGAAUGCCGCAGUCAAAUCGCAUGUUGAAGGACAAAAAAACAACAAACGUUUUAGCGUUCCACCAUUCACCAACGGACACGUCACAAACGAAUACGACAUGAACCCAGACUUAAUAAAUGGUAAAGUAUCUAAUGACGAAGUUCAUUCACUAAUUGACGGACAAAUACCUAAUAAUAUGGCUCCACAGAAUAGACUAGGAGAAGAUGCGGGCAUUAUCCCUGCAUCAAAUAACAUGCAUUUUGACCAACAAACAGGUCAACUUAGCCGCGAUCCGACGCUGUCAUCUUUUGUUUCAAAUCGUGACGACUUUAGCAUACAACCGACAUCAAGAAACUUAAACGAGCUUGGAAAUCAAGACUCAUACGCAGCAAUGCAUGAGAAACCAUCUCCAAUUGUUUUUAAUCCAUCUCAUGCAGCCAAUACACCAAUAGGAGGACUAGAAAAUAAUAAACAAACUGAUAGCCUUUCUGAAAACGCACAAGAGUUUCCCAAUGAUAUGUUAUAUGGGAAUCAAGGUGAUCAUUUUGGACAACCCCUGGCAACUGAUAAAACUAAUGGGGAACAUUUAGGACAGAUUGGUGUAAAUGGUGAAAAUUUAGGUCAGCUUAUAGAAACGAAAAAUCAAGAGAAAGAAUUAGACGUUGAGGUUAAAAAAGCAUUACAUAAUUUAAACGAAAAAGAGCAGGGGGAAGCAGUACAAGAAGCGCUGAAUGACCAGCGUGAAUUGAAAACUGCUCAAAAUAUCGCAGAUGAUUCUCCUUUUGACAGUCCCACUGCAGCGGCUAAAGGAAACGUGCUACAAACGUCACCAGCUACUGAAGAAUUUCCUUCACGACGUCACUUGUCAGUUCACACUCAUCAUCCUCACCAUUACAUGAUAGAUCCUCUGCCGGUCCACUACUCCCGCCAUCAUCACCAUCAUGGUCAUUAUUAUGGAAAUGAGGGAUUUGCAGUCCUCGGAGAGCACGGGCACAGUAUGGUAGGUGAAGGGUAUUCAGUGCUUGGGAACCAUGGUCCAGAUCUAGCUGCACCUGGAUAUGCUGAAGUACUGGAUCACGAUCAUCCAGGAGGCUACGCAACUUUAGGUGGAGAGUACUCUGCAGGUAUUCCUGGAGACGGAUAUGGACAUGGUUAUGGCUACGGACAUGCAGGGCUAGCACCGUUCGGAGUAAAUUACCACAGUGUCCACAUGCUUCCACAUCCGCACCACCAUCAUCAUGGCCACCACUUUGAUGAUAUUUUUCCGCUGGCUGCGGUAGGUGCACACGAUGUUGGUGGUGAUUCUGAAGCUGCUGGCAUGAUUGAACGCAUAACAGACACCAAUAGCGAGGACAAUGACGCAGCGUUAAACAACCUCGCGAGUCACUUGGAUCAGAGAGUUCCGUAUGAUUACGGAAUGAUCCAUCACGGUGAUCACAUGGGAGCGUAUGAUGAUGUUCAUAGUUUUGAUGGUGAAGAAGGCGAACAUGGACCACAUCCUUUACUACCAGGGGAUGGAGAUAGUUUAAUGACACCUGUUGAUCAUGAUGACCCAACAAGCUCUAUUGUGGCACACAUGACGCAUGGUCACGAUUUGACGCACGUACAUGGACACGAUGACGUGCACGUGCAGGGUCAUGAUCAUGGCCAUGAUUACGGUGGGUGGGCAAGUCACCCAUAUGUAUAUGGUGCGCACUAUGGCGACGGAUAUGGCGAUGGAUAUCAUGGUGACCAUCAUUGGGACGAUUAUGGUCACGGGGAUAACCACUAUGGAGUGCCAGCUCACGUCCAUCUACAUCACCAUCAUACAUUUUCACCAUACCAUGAUGAGCUUCGAUACCCAAGUUACGAGCUGCCAGUGCACGGCUCAGUUGUAUCUGAAAGAGAGGCAAAGAAAAUAGGACUUUAUGACGAAGCUUAUCUUAAAAAAUUGGGCAUUUGGGAAGACGCAAGAGGUUGGGGUGGUAGCCAAGGUCCUUUCGACAGACUUGCAUGGCAGAGACAACUCCAGAAAAAUAGUACAGCUAAUAACACAGUGGAAGAAACUGGCAGUACUGGUGGCACAAGCACUGGUGGUGUGACUAUUGGCCAUGGUGGAUCUGUUUCUAUCGGAGGCUUGCCUGGCGGAGACGGUGGGGGAGGUUGCACAGUUCCUGCUGAUGUAGCAUUUUUAUUCGAUGGCUCCAAAAUCAGUGAAAAGAAGGGAGAAUAUUUCAAAAAAUACAUUGAAUUCGCAAAACAAGUGGUAGAUCGCAAUCCUCCAUCAUUGGAAGGAUUUCACUACGGAGCAGUUGCAUACAGCAAGAGCGGAGAGCUUCAGUUUGAUUUUGAAAAAUCAUACGAACUCAGUGGUGUAAUGAGCGAGUUGGAAAAGAUAAAAACUCCAUAUCCAAAAGACAAAGACGCACAAUUAGGUGACGGGUUGAAAGUAACUAAAGAACAGUUGUUUGAUAAAACUGGAAGAGAUUGGGUGUACCAGGCACUGAUUAUAUUAACUGACUCAAAAGGGGAAGGGGAAUUUGAAAAAUGGGCACAAGAACUCCGUGACUCCACUGUCAACAUAUAUGUCAUUGGCUUGGCUAACUCUGACAGUAAAGCAGAUAUUGGACAGAUGGAAAAGAUUGGAACUGACUUAGAUAAACAUCAUGUAUUCCAAGUUGACGCAGAAAAAUUAUUGGGAACAACGGAAAAAGUUGAGCAUCCGCAACACUUAGCAAGUGUUAUUCCUAACCAAGUUUGCAGGAUGGAUCUUAUAUUCGUGGUCGACAUGAAAAAACCAGACGCAGAUAGAAUGACUGCGAUUAAAUCAUUUAUAAAGGAUUCAACAGCAGAAUUUGGAAUGGGGCAAUGGGGCAGUCACAUCGCUGUAGUGGGGUAUGGAGGUCAAGGAAGCAAAGAGGGUUGGGACCUAAUGAGCAAAAUGGAACGCGAAAAAUUUACUGAAGCUGUCGACAAAUUGGAGGAUGAGGCUGGAAAAACUGCUGAUUCAGGAAAAGCUAUGGAAACUGCGUUAAAAUAUUACUUGGAAGAAAAAAAUGAACCGAGGAAAGGUCAAUUUUGGAGAUACAUCAAUGUCACCGUCGUUAUAACUGAUUCCAUGUUGGAUGGUGACUAUCUUGAUGCUAGUAAAAAACUCAGAGACCAUGGUGUCAUAGUGCAUGCUGUUGGUUGGGGAGAUGCUGAUGCAGAAAAUGGAAAAGAAGCUUUAGCAAAAGUUGCCAGUGAUUCUGAUGACUUUUACGUACAUUCUCACGCUGAAAUGUCCAAGCUAGUUCAAGUAGCGAAAAGAAUGAGACAGUAUUUCGCACAACUUUUGUUUGGUCGACAAGGAGAAAACACAAGGAUUGAAGGAGGAUGGUCUGCUCAUUACGCUGAAAUUACUGGUGGAUCAUCUUCUUCCCUUUCCUCUUCUUCCUCAUCUUCUUCCUCAUCUUCAUCGUCGUCAUCAUCGUCAUCAUCAUCAGCGUAUAAUUCGAAAACCACAUCGGGUUUGACGACAGCUUCGGUAAAUGGAGCACCAAGUAAAGGACAGGACAGAUCUUCAUUGACAGCUGUCAGCACAGAUGAUGUCAUGAUGCCCGAUACACCAUUUUCAGGAAAUGCUCACGAUAGCAACGAGCAGAAGAAUGCAAAACAAGUAGCUGCUAGUUAUGACAUUUCUUCCUUAGACAGAGCAAACGAAACCGUCCAAGCUGUAUCGACUAACAACGGAACUACAAACGCAACUGCAGAGCCUGAAAAAGAUACGUUUAAAGAUGGCAAUUCAACGGCAACAAAAUUCAAUUCAACUAACAAUAAUAUAGAAAAAAACAAAACGACGAAACAAAAAGUAGACUUAAUAAAAACUACUCCAGAAGGUAAAUCAAAGGUACAUCAUCAUGUGAACAAAUUCUUAAAGAGACUACUUCAGAAUUCAGGUCAUGCAUCCAAACGAGUUUUACAAAAGAGACAAGGAAAAAUCGUGAACGAAGACAGCUAAAGCGUCAAUAAUAACAACAAAACUUUUCACAUUACUGACGAGUUCGUUCAGUAAUCUUUCAAAGUGAAGCGACACGAUAUUCGGAUAAUCUUCCUCCAUCUUUGCUACUGUGACUACUAAUUUGUUCAUAGUCGUAACUUUAUCAUGAUCCCAAACCACCCUUUAUAUGUUCGAUAAAUCGGUUGUUCAGUAACACAGCUCACACGUUUGUACAUACUCUCAUUAAGCUUGCAUUCGUCCAAUAUACACCUAGUGUACAACGGUAACACACUUAGAUUGAAUUAAAAAUUAAAUAUAUUGUUUUUCUUUUUUUCUUUUCA